AUGAUCCAGAUCCUAGCUUCUCUUGGCGGGCGUGGAAAUUCCCACCUUGCCCCGACAGCCCCCCGCCCGUCCAAACGCCCAACGGCACGGCAAAAAGCCCGGGCCCGGCUGGCCGAUCCCCUCCUGCCGCGCAAGCUGCAUCGCGAGAACAACGUCGUGUCCGACAGCUUCAUCAACUCGAAGCAAGACAAGCUCCUGAUCAAGCGCUCGGCUUUCCUCGCGCGCAUCGCCAAGUCGUCCGAGAAGUCCACGGGGACCAAGAAGAAGCGGCGCCGCCCCAGCAAGAAACUCGUCACCACCCUCGAGUCGCUGGGGGACGCGCUCGAUGACAUCCAGGCCGAGAUGGACGAGAAGGAGGCGGACGGGUCCACGAUGGACGCCGAGCAGGCUAGGCAGGGGAAGGUGCGGCACAAGAGUCUGAAGACCAGGCCUGGGGCGCUGAAGAGGAAGGAGAAGCUGGUCAAGGGAGAGAUAGAACGGUUUAGGAAGAACCUGGCCCAGCUGGCGAAUAUCUCAGCUGCCGCCCCGUCAACGUCGGCACCAGCACCAGCACCAGCACCAGCACCAGCAUCCGAGGCGGAUGCGGGACAGGAGAAAAUGGACACGGAGCAAGGAAAGGAGCAGGGGGCAGAGACAACGGCACAGCCUACGUCCACGUCCAGCCGGUGGGCGGCAUUGCGGGGGUUCAUUUCGGCGACAAUGGAGCAGAACCCCGCCUUCCUGAACAAGACCUGA